AUAUUUUCAGAAUUUAUUAACACUGUUUGAGGAAACAAUAUUUAUUUGAAAUAUUAAUUGAAAUCUGUCUUUAUUAUAAAUUACAAAGAAAAAAAAAGCAACAUAUGUUUACAUUGUUCUGUGAUUAAGAGAAGAAAUUAUGGAUGAGAAACUGUGUGAAAAUCAGGUUUGUAACGAAACCCAGCCUGGAGAUAACGAUGUAUUGCAGCAGCCUCAAGAAGAGACGGGGAAAAAAUCGCAUCCCUGUAACAUUUGCGGAAAGAUGUUCGCGAUGAAAAAAAAUUUAGAUCGGCAUAAAUUAAUUCACACAGGGAAAAAGCCGCAUGAAUGUGAUAUCUGUGGCAAAGCAUUCUUACUAAGGGGACAAUUAUCUACCCAUGAACGUACUCACACAGGUGAGAAACCGUUCACCUGUGAUGUCUGCGGUAAAAUGUUCUCUCACAUUGGUAAUUUAACAUGCCACAUACGCACUCACACAGGUGAGAAACCUUACUGUUGUGAUAUCUGUGGCAAAGCAUUCUCUCAAAGACAUUCUUUACUUUACCAUAAAAAUGUUCAUACGAGAGGGAAACAGUUCCCCUGUGAAUUUUGUGAUAAAGUAUUUCCUGAAAGUAGUGCCUUAGCUAAACACAAACUUAUUCAUACAGGUGAAAAACCAUUCCAAUGUAAGAUCUGUGGCAGAGCAUUCUUUGCAUGCAGUGCCUUAUCUCAACAUGAACAUACUCAUGCAGUUGAGAAGCCAUUCCACUGUGAUAUCUGCGGCAAAACGUUUUCUCAGAACAGUUUGUUAAACAGGCAUCAGCGUAGACACGCAGGUGAAAGGUCGUAUUCUUGUGAUAUCUGUGGAAAGGCUUUCUUUGAGAGCAGUGCAUUGUCUUGUCACAUACGUAUUCACACGGGAGAGAAACCCUACGGUUGUGAUAUCUGCGGUGAAAAGUUCUCCCAACGUAGCAAUUUGUCUCGCCACAAACGUACUCACAUCGGUGAGAAGCUACACUCUUGUGAUACGUGCGGUAAACAGUUUUCGGAAAGGAAAUCUUUACUCAACCAUGUCAAAAAUCAUACAGGAGAGAAAUCAUUCCACUGUGACAUCUGUGGUAAAAUAUUCUUUGAAAGAAGGCAAUUAUCCAACCACAUCCGUACUCACUCACGUGGAAAACCUUACUCUUGUAAAAGCUGUGAUAAAUCUUUCUCCCAGAGAACUUCUUUACUUUACCAUGUAAGGACUCAUAUAGGAGAGAAGCCAUUCCACUGUGAAAUUGGUGAUGAAACCUCUUCUCGGAAGAGUUUGUUAAACAAAAUUAAACCUACAAAAGCAGGUAAGAAGCCGUACAGGUGUGAUGUCUGUGGCAAAACAUUCUCCCAAAUUGGUCAUUUAGCUUGCCACAAACGUAUUCACACGGGAGAGAAACCCUAUGAUUGUGACAUCUGUGGUGAAAAGUUCUCCCAGCUUGGUAAUUUAUCUCGCCACAAGCAUAUUCACACAGGUGAGAAAUCAUACUCCUGCGAUAUCUGUGGUAAGCAGUUUUCUGUGAGGACGUCUUUGCUCUACCACGUAAGAACUCAUACAGGGGAGAAACCGUUCCACUGCGACAUCUGUGGUAAAAUGUUUUCUCAGAACAAUUUCUUAAACAAGCAUAAACGUAGACACUCAGGUGAGAAAUCGCACUCUUGUGAUAUUUGCGGUAAGCCGUUCUUUGAAAGUGGUGCUCUAUCUCGUCACAAACGUAUACACACAGGCGAAAAACCAUUCCGCUGUGAUUUCUGUGGUAAAACAUUCUCCCAAACCGCUCAUUUAUCUUGCCAUAAACGUGUUCACACAGGUGAGAAACCCUAUCACUGUGAUAUCUGUGGUAAAACGUUCACUUUAAAUAGCAGUUUGAGGAGCCACAAAUCUGUCCACACAGAUGAGAAACCCUAUUUCUGUGAUGUCUGUGGCGAGGCAUUCUCACAAAAUGGUGAUUUGUCCAGACAUGCACAAAUUCACACUAGCGAGAGACUGUAAUAAUGAUACUGUGUUAUCUGGUCAAAGAAUCUCUUUUAGUAACUAUGUAUCUUAUCACUAUGGUGAAACGUUGCUAGAAUGGAUUGAACUUCAGGAAAAUGACCUGAAAACCCGCAUUCUAUUUUCAAGAUGUUGACAAAAUGUGCAAUCACACACAAAAUGUCAGCUUCCAAAUUAUGUUACCUGACUGGGUGAAAAUUAUCAAACUUUAAACCUCUAUAACUUUUUUUUUUUUUAAAUUUCUGGAAAAAGUGAAAUAUCUCCAGCAAUUUAGCUUGGAAAACUACAUUAAUAUAUCAAAUUUCGAAAUUUUCAAUAAACUUUGAUUUUUGAAAUCCUGACAACAACCAACUCAAGCAACACUGGAAUUGGGCCUAAAUCGUUUGAAACGCAAGCCUGAAGCUGUACCAAGUGACGGUGUUCCAUCACCAUCGGAACCAAAAGCCUUGAAGCUACCUGAAGAGAAAAGGAAGGACUCAAAUGACAGAAGAGAAAAGCUUGACAAAAUCAACUUCGCCCUCCACCGUGCAGGCAAUGCCAUCAACUCUUUGCAAGAAUUGGUCUACGGAGCCAUCGGAAGCAUCACCAAGUGGAGGCGCAAUGGCCCAGUGGUUAGGGCAGCGGACUCGCGGUCGGAGGAUCGUGGUUUCGAUUCCCAGACUGGACGUUGUGUGUGUUUAUUGAGCGAAAACACCUAAAGCUCCACGA